UAUUUUGGUUAUUUGGCAUACUGCGUGGAUUUCUAAAAGCGGUCAUUAAAUCGAGUUAUUAAUUCAGUGAAAGAAAAAGAAUUAAAUUGCAAUGGUAACUCAAGAAUUUCAAGCUGUGGUUCUAGGGGCUGGCCGAGGUACACGUUUGCCGGAAGUAUUGACUGAUUCGCCGAAAUGCCUGUUGCCGAUCGGUCCGUAUCCAUUAUUAUGGUACCCAUUAAACAUGCUCCAACAGCAUAACUUUCAAGAUGUAAUUGUUGUGGUUUUGGAAAAUGAGCGUUCGGAGAUACAACAAGCACUAGAACGAACUCCACUAAAGAUUAAAAUUGACUUUGUGGCUAUUGAUAGUGAUAGCGAUUUUGGCACGGCCGAUAGCUUGCGAAUAAUACAUGAUAAAAUUAAAUCUGACUUUUUGGUGUUAUCCUGUGAUAUUGUAUCGAACGUAAGUUUGUAUCCACUAAUAAACAAAUUUCGUCAACACGAUGCUGCCUUAACAGCCUUGUUAUUCAAAAGCGGAUUUGAGUCAGAUGUUACUUUGCCCGGACCGAAAACAAAACAUAAGCCUGAACGUGAUCUAAUCGGAAUUCAUCCCGAUUCUAAUCGAUUACUAUUUCUUGCUUCAGCAAGCGAUUUUGAAGAAGUAAUGAGUGUUAAUGCUCAUUUGUUGCGUAAGAAUGGAAAAAUGACGGUAUUCUCUAGGUUUGUAGAUUCUCAUAUCUAUGUAAUGAAAAAAUGGACAAUUGAUUUUCUACUUAAGAAAGAAAACUUUUCAACACUUAAAGGGGAAUUCUUACCGUAUAUUAUUAAAAAGCAAAUGUCUAAAAAAACGGGGAGUUCAGCUGCCGCCCCAGAUAUGCAAUCAGAAGUGGGAGUGACAAUAAAACCAGAAAAUGAUAUAUUUCAUUACGCUUCGAACACACAUCUAGAACAACGUAUACAGAAAGCUACCCUCUUUAACGAUUCUCGAAUCAAGGAACCAUACAAUGGAGAUUUAAUUCGCUGUUAUGCUGUUGUGGCACCCAAAGAGAGUAUUGGUGUGCGUGUGAAUACUACUCUAAGCUUUUUCGCAAUUAAUCAAAAGAUUUCCAAUAUUUGGCAACAAUUGUUCAACGAACAGGAACACUUACUUAUUUCAUCAAGUGCCGUCAUAAACUCAACUCAAAUGAAGGAAGUCGCGGUCGGAGAUAGUGCAAAAUUAUCAGAGAAAACAUCACUUAAUUUCAGCGUUUUUGGUGCUAAUUGCACAAUUAAUCCAAAAAAUAUUAUAAACAAAUCUAUUAUAAUGACAAGCGCUAUUAUUGAGGAAGGUUGUAAUAUUGAGAAUAGCAUCGUUGGAAGCAGAGCUGUAAUUAAACGAGGCUGCGUACUGAAAAAUUGCUUAAUUGGACCAAGUUACGCAGUAGAAGAGGGUACGAAGAGAGAAAAUCAACAUUUAACAAAUGCUGAUGGAUUUAUGGAGAUUGAUAUACAAUAAAAAAUGAGAUUUUCUACAUAAUGAA